AUGGAUGUAAAGAAUUUAGAACCUUAUGCUAUAAUUGGAUUCGAUGGUUCGGCGGUCAAAGGUCUUAAAGUCCAUCCUGAUGGCGAACACAUAGUCUAUCCAAUGGGCAACAAAGUUUGUAUCCAGGAAUGGAAGAGCAAGAAAAUGUUUUUCCUCAGCGGGCACACUAAUAGCGUUUCCACUGUUGCGGUCUCUCCUAAGGGAACCUACGUGGGCUCGGGACAAAUCAACCACAUAGGAUUCAAAGCCGCAGCUAAAAUUUGGGACUUCAAACGGAGGGUUGUUAUUGGAAGUCACGAACUGCAUAAGGUCCGCGUGGAAGCACUCGCGUUCUCGUCCGACGAGCGGUACAUGAUAUCGUUGGGUGGUAGAGACGAUGGAUGCGUGGUGCUGUGGGACUGCGCUGGUGGCGCUGCCAGCGCCACGGCGGCCGCCUCGAGACUCACCACGGGCGAUGCGUUCACUCUCGCACCACUCAAUUUGAGGUUCAACUCCUUUGUUACUGGCGGCGAUUCGAACCUCCGCGUAUGGAACGUACGAGCUGAAAGCAAAAACCUCGACGUAGUGGACGUGGCGUUGGGAAAGUUGAGGCGCAGCGUACGCUGCAUUACUGUCAACAAGGAUGACUCUUAUGGUUACGCUGGGACCACAACGGGCGACAUGAUAAAAUUCUCGAUUAACUACCCGGCGGAUCCCAGUGCAUCGGUGGCGCAGUGCAAGCCAUCUCUCAUCGGCUGCCUCGCUAAAUGUGGCCCUUGGAGGAAGGGCAAGCGUCCAGAGUCCAUUUGCUAUAGCCAGGGUAUCGAAUCGAUACUUAUAAUGGACGACGGCUGUCUGAUCGUCGGCGCCGGCGAUGGGACCGUGGACCUCUUGGACGAGAUCAACUGGAAGGGAGACUUCCCCAAGGGCAAGAUCCUCGACCCAAACAAACCCCACUUCAAAGCAGUUAGUAUAAUACCGAUUCUACCAUCAGGCAACAACAGGCCAAGAAUUGUGCGCACCGUCAGGAUGGCGUUUGCUGGGACAAAUGUCAGUUUGUCCCAGCCGGAUAUAACGCAAAAACUGACGGAGCGCAUAGAUGAUCUGAAGCAGAGAAUCGCUGCUUGGGGAAAGCGGAUUCGGCGAUAUACCGAGAGGUCGACACGGUUCAACCAGAAUCGUCUCUUCCAGAGUGAUCAGAAGAGGCUCUAUGAAUCAUUGGAGCGACCAAUGGUAAGUGGAACGGGUCCAGCACCGAAUCAGGCCGACACUGUAGCAUUCUGGCGCGGCCUGUGGUCAGAGCCCGUAAACCACAGCGAGGGCCCUUGGACGGAAGUUGUGGCGAGUCAGUGUGCGGGUAUUACGCCCAUGGACCCCGUCAUCAUAACGCCGGAUGACGUAGCUGAGGCGGUCCGUAGGGCCCCGAACUGGAAAAGUCCGGGGCUUGACGGGCUGCAUCACUAUUGGCUGAAGGGGUUCAUGGUGUGUCACUCUGUGCUCGCCCGACAGUUUCAAGAGGCUCUCAACCAGAAGUCGCUCCCAACACUCCUCUUCACUACUGGGAUCACUCAUUUGGUUCCUAAAGACCAGGGUACCACAGACCCGAGCAAAUACCGCCCCAUCACGUGGCGGUGGUCGUGGAACCAAGGAACCACUCCUCAUUGA